AUGCCCGAGCGGGUUCGCACCGUCUUCGCCGACCAGGACGAGGCACCGCCAGCACCUGUCGCGAAACAAGAAAAGCCAACAAACACGACGGAACCCCCCAAAUCAGACCACGCUGAAAAGAAGAGCACCGAAAAAUCCUCUAGCUCGAAGAAGAACAAGAAGCGGAAGCGCGAGGAACUUGUGGAUGGAGAGCCUCGAACGGAGAAGAAGCCGAUCGGAUCGCAAACCGCUGAUGGCCCUCAGAACGGAAAAGAUGAAGAGUUAGCUAGGAGUGGAGCUACUACAAAACCACCGAAAGAUAAAGAGAGCCACCGGGGCCAGAAACCGAAGAAACAUCACCGGGUAUCUAAAGAUGAUGAGAACGGAGGGAAGUUCGCUUCUCUGAAGAAAAAAGCGCAAGCACUAUAUGAGAUUCGCAAAAACCUCCCUAUCUUCGCUCACGGUGACGAGAUCCGGAAAGACCUUCGCAGGAACGAUGUUAUGCUCUUGAUUGGUGAAACUGGUAGCGGAAAAAGUACGCAGAUUCCACAGUUUUUGGUGAACGAGUCGUGGUGUCGGCCGACGAAGACUACGAUCGCUCAGGAUGAUGGGACUCAGAAGGAAGCCCUGGUCGGCGGGUGUAUCGCCAUUACGCAGCCUAGACGUGUUGCUGCGAUUUCGCUAGCUCGGCGUGUUGCAGAGGAGAUGGGGACGCCAUUGGGCUCUUCAUCGCCUGCGAGUACAGUUGGAUACUCGGUGCGAUUUGAUACAUCUGCUUCGCCGAGCACGAAGGUGAAGUUUUUGACGGAAGGAAUGUUGCUUCAGGAGAUGUUGCAUGACCCGUGGUUGACGAAGUACAGCGCAAUUGUUGUCGAUGAAGUCCACGAGCGCGGCGUGAAUGUUGACUUAGUUAUGGGGUUUUUGAGGAACUUGGUCUCUGGGAAAAAGAAGGGGAGGGGAGGUGUGCCACUUAAGGCUGUGGUUAUGAGUGCCACAGCUGAUAUGGAGAGUCUACAAGGGUUCUUUACGGAAGGCUUUCAGGGUCGACAAAUCAAAGACAUUGAAAAGGAAUCGAAGGACGGCAUCGCCAUAUGUCAUAUCAAGGGUCGCCAGUAUCCUGUCAAAACGAUAUACUCGCCGGAACCGGUGCAUGAUUUUGUCGAUGCAGCGCUGAAGGUUAUUUUUCAAAUACACUAUAAAGAGCCUAUCCCAGGUGACAUUCUAGUUUUCCUGACUGGGCAGGAGACUGUCGAGGCGUUGGAGAACUUGGUCAACGAGUAUGCUACAGGGAUGGAUCCGUCAUUGCCAAAGAUACAAGUACUUCCACUAUUCGCGGCGCUUCCACAGGUGGCUCAGCAGCGAGUCUUUGCUCCAGCGCCACCGCGCACCCGCAAAAUCAUCCUGGCUACGAACAUUGCGGAGACGUCCGUCACAGUGUCAGGUGUGCGGUUCGUUGUGGAUUGUGGAAAGGCGAAAAUCAAGCAAUUCCGAACCCGCCUGGGCUUGGAUUCGCUGCUCGUCAAACCCAUUUCAAAAUCAGCUGCCAUCCAACGUAAAGGUCGUGCGGGUAGAGAGGCCCCCGGUCAGUGCUACCGAUUAUAUACGGAGAAGGACUACCUUGCGCUGGAUGAGGUCAAUACACCGGAAAUCCUGCGAUGUGACCUGAGUCAGUCUAUCCUCAACAUGAAGGCCCGUGGAGUCAACAAUGUUAUUGAAUUCCCGUUCUUGACGAGGCCUCCACGAGAAGCUUUGGAGAAGGCCCUUCUUCAGUUGCUCAGCAUCGAGGCCCUCGAGGAGACUGGCAAGAUCAGUGCGAUUGGGUCGCAUAUCGCUAAGCUUCCACUCACACCAACCUUAGGUCGGGUGUUGCUUGCGGCAUCAGACUUCGGCCCAGAUUGUCUGAUUGAUGUAAUCGACAUUAUAUCGUGUCUGAGCGUGGAGAACAUAUUUCUGAAUACUACGUCAGAAGAGAAGAAGGAAGCAGCCGAAACAGCGAGACGCGAUAUAUAUCGGAGAGAAGGUGACCAUCUUACGAUGUUAGCGACUGUACGAGCCUACGCAUCAGAGAACACCGAUCGGAAGGCAUGGGCUGAGCGGCAUCUGGUCUCGCACCGGGCGAUGCAGUCUGUCAUGGACGUCCGCAAGCAACUUACGGCUCAAUGCCGACAAGCCAAGCUGCUUCCGAGUUCCACCGAGUCACAAGAUUCGAACUCAACCAUCCGAGAGCCAUCUCCUGUCUUGAUCCUGAGAAGCUUCUUGCGAGGGUUUUCCACGAACACCGCUCGUCUCGUCCCAGAUGGGAGCUACCGCACCGUUGUGGGGAACCAGAUGGUGGCGAUUCACCCCUCCAGUGUCCUGUUUGGUAAAAAGGUGGAGGCGAUCCUGUACAACGAGUUCGUGUUUACGAAUCGCAGCUAUGCGCGAGGGGUGAGCGCAGUGCAGAUGGAUUGGGUGGGAGAGGCCUUGGCUGGGGAGUAA